CGUGAUUUCACUAUUGUUAAUUGCAUUUAGUUUAAGAUUUAUCUAGAUAUUAUAUUAUAAUGGACAACCCACUAACACCAAGUAAAAUCCAACGGCUUAUACAUUUAGCUGAAGAUAAAUCGUUUAACAAUCAAAACCGAACGGUUCGCACUAAUAAUGGCGACCAAUCUAACGAUCACUAUCGAUGUAGUCAUCAAUUUGAUCGAGGCUUCGAGUCAUCUUCCGGAAUUUUGGACCUAGAACGGCUACCAGUGUUUGGUGAAAGUGGUGUUGCAAAUAUGUCAAUGAGAUCCGCAGCUUUCGAUCCAGGUGAAUUAACAGGGAGAUCAACAGGGACCCAAGAUGGAAAUUCAUUAAAACCAAUGGCACCAACGAGAGCAUUUGGACAAUAUGGAAGACACUCAACUGCUAGUGUCUUAGACAGUAUCACCAAUCAUAUGGACAAACAAACCUCUGAAAUAAAUGACAUUAUGAGACACUCGAUUGCUUCCAACUUUUCAUUCCAUUCUAAGAGAGAUUUAACAGCAGAUGAAGCUUCACUUGUGAUGAGAGAGGCUCCAAUUCCAAUUCAACCGAGCAACCAAAUGAAUUUCCAAGACAGCAUCGCAAAUAAUUCAAGUAUGUCCGUUGGUUCAUAUUUCAAGAAUCGAUGUCCGGAUUUUGGAGUAAUUCUGAAGAACACAGAUAGUCCUGAUAAAUCUAUGACUCCCAGUAUUACAGAAGUGUCUAAAUCUAACACAAACAAUAUGUACAGCCUGGACAACACACUAGAUUCUGUUCCAGUAAGACAGUCUAAGCCCAUUUCAGCGAAGGAACAAUUGACAUACACAUUAUCAGUUCAGUCCAAUAUUGAGAAUGUGAAUACAUUAAAUGAUAAUAAAGGCAUGCCAUAUAAAGGAAAUGAACAGAAUUCUUUCAUGCAGUCUACAAUGAAACACGCAAACCAGAUAUCAAGUCAUAAAAUACCCUUGUCCACUGAUGUUUUAGUCAGAAAUCUUCAGUCAAAUUUCAAAUUAAACCAAAAACCAGAGGAGGUUGAAAGCUCCAUUGAGACUUCAUUCAGCAUUUCAAAAAUUGCCGACUUUUUGGGUAAACAAUCCAUCAUCAACUCCUCCGACAUAAUGCAAUUCAACAAUGCAAUGAAACAAGCUGUUAAGAAGCAGCCUUUAGCAGAAGUGCAACUUAAUGUGCUAGACAAUAAACAAAAUGUCUAUGUAACACACUUGAAAGAUGCAAAAAAAAUGGAAACUGCAAGUUCAACUGGAACUGUCGACACAGUUAUAUCACUUGAUAAGCUGAAGAUGGCUGUUGAAGGAACUGUUCCUAGAGUUGUUGUGUCAGGAGUCCCAAGAGAUGUCCACAGUGAUGCAGAAAGUAUCAAGUCGAGGAAGAGUAUUCGCUCAAAGACACCUUCACCUUCUAGAAGUCAGUCUACCCAUACAACUGUUAAAGAAAAUAACAGUAUACGAUCGUCAAGUAGUCCAUUCUAUUCUAGCAGAGGCGAGGCAUCAAAAAUUCCUUCCCCAAACAAAAUAUACAAAGAAUUAGAUAAGUCCGUAGAUUGGCAUGAUAUUUUGAGACAGAAACAAUACAACGAAGAACAUAUCGCUGAAGAGAAAUGGGUGGAAAUAUCAGCCGGCACAGUUACUGGAUUUGUUGGGUCCAGUAUUGCAGUCACUCUGUCAAUCACAACAUUGGCUGACAAUUGGAUAACUGCGAAAUUUGAAUUUGAUAGUUUCCCACAUGGAUCAAUAGAAUUACCGCGAGGACCUCUACUCCUCUCUCCCAAGAAGACUGAAAAACUGAAACUUUACAUUACAUCUAAUGUUGAAAUAGCAGCACAACUGCCGUUCACAGUGUUCUUUAAAGAUGCCUCCAUAGAUCGUGAAGUUGAGCAAAAGGGAUACAUCAAUGUUGAUAUUAAAAUGCCCAUGAUACAGGCAGUGUCUUCUGAUGGUGUGAAUAACGUAUGUUUCCCAGUGGUUCCAGAAGGGGCAACAAUUACAAAGCAUUUUGUUGUAUUAAGUGAUUGUCCAAACGAUCUACAGCUUGAGUUAAGUGUCGUAGAAAGUGAUAGCAUAUUUCUAAUAAGAAAUGUCCAAGAGAUAUUGAAGAGUGAUGUGAGUAAGGUAUUGACAGAGAAACACAGCUCCAGUGAAGAAGCGGGCAACAAAGGUAAAGGGAAGGCUAACAAACAAUUGUGUAGACUAAGCAGUGGUAAUGCUAUCAAAGUGACAAUCUCAUUUAGCUCACCGAAGCUCUCCGAAUUUGAUAUAACUGAUACAAUGGCAGUGUUCAAGGGCGUAUUGGCUGUGAAGUUAAUUGGUGGAAAUACAUCUCUGAAGGAGGUCAGUCUUGUUGGAUCUGUUGGAGUCGCUCAUCUGGAGGUGCAGUCUAAUAAAUACACAAUAUCUAAUGAAUCCACCACCAUCCAAGUCUGCAAUACAGGUUCUGUUGCCGGUAUCUGGCGAGUUAAAUUCGAAGCUCCCACGACUGAUACACAUGUUCCAUUCACUGUCACUCCUGCGAGGUUUGAGGUUAGACCAGAGGAGAGCAAACAUCUAACCGCCUCUUACACUGGAUCACCGGAUGUAUUCAAAGUGGGAACCUUAGUAUUAGAAGAAGAAACAACGGGAGCUAGGACCAUGAUUGAAUUGAGUGCCGGUUGUGACAAAACGAAAUCGUUCCCAAUAAAAACGAAUUACAACAACAUGUCGUGGGUCAGAAGUGGAAAGAAAGAGCUGAGUCUGAAGAAUUCAACAAACAAAAAGAUUCAGUUACGGUGUUAUAUCAUUGGCGAAGGAUUCUCUAUAGAAGGGGAGAGCCGGGGAACGUUUAUGAUAUCUUUUGUGGGCUAUGAAUGUAGACCGCUGCAGAUUAUGUUCACGCCCAAUUCUUGCAUGCCGUACGCGGCUUCAUUACAUCUUGUCUAUGAUAAGAACAAGGAUUAUUCGAGAAAGAUAUUGUUGCACGGGUGCGCUAGUAACGAGUCGGUGCGCUGGUCGGGGCUGGUGACAUAUGGCGACACGGCGCUGGUGCGAGCAGUCUGCCGCCGACCCGUGGAGCUAACCCUCCACAAUAAGUCCAGUGCGCCCGCCUUCAUAUCCACCACACUGCGAUUAAACUUACAAUACCGCUGCGUGUCGGAGGGCGCCGUGAUCCGGUCCGGACGGCGGGUGCUCCGGCCUCGCUCCCGGCACGAGGUGCUCGUGGACGUGGACUGGGCCCGCGUGGAGCGUCGCGCGCGCACCACGCUCGUGUCCACGCUGGCCUCCGUCACCGUGCUCAGCGGGCCGGAGUACACCCGCCAGCGGAUACUGAGAAUAAUUCGUGACAAUUCGACCGGUAAACCAGAUACCUCGAUGCUACCGGAUCACCUUAAAGUAUUAGCGGAACAUUUUGAUGGGCAGGACCCAGAAAUGGAGAAUAAGUUGAUGGAAUUUCAAGAGACAAAGUCUUCUCUGAACGAGCUGAUAGAGAGUCUGCAAGAGCUGACGGCCCAGAUCGACCUGCCACAAGACUCUUCUGAAGAUAACACCAUCCUCAUCAGUGACGACACGAUGGUAGAGCAUCACACUCUCAUGAAUUAGAUAUAUAACUCUAAGGCUGAGAUUUAUAGAGCGUACUUAGACCUUGCUCAGACUACGUAACACUUACGCGAACUUGAAUUUUGCAUUGGGCUGUCUUAACUUAAGCUCGGUAUAUUUUCAGCUGUCAAAUGAAUAUAAAAACGAAAUCAAAGAUUAUGCUAAGCUCACACUCAGCAAGGUCUAAGAACGCUCUAAAGAUCUCAGCCUUAAUUUCAAUUAAAUAGAUCGCGAAGCAGAAAUUUUUCGGUUAUUGACCCUUAAGGUUAAGACGGGUCAGAGGACAUCUUGAUGAUUCAUGUACAUAACAUAUCGUCUUUGUGGAGAGACAUCCGGGAGGACUGACAUAGUAAGGUUUUCCAUAACAUUACUUUGGAGAAGGGGACAUUGUGUAACUAAUCUCCUGAUAGAGGUGGUGUAUGGGCGUGACGCAAUCCGUCACAGAGGUCUUCUUCCAAUCUGUCAGCAUCUAACAUAGAAAAGUUUCCAAACUGCCUAUCAACUUCUUUAUCAACGACUACCUCUUCACAGAGACCAUCUUACAAUUAUUCUAUCAAAUUGAAAACUUUGGUUCGUGUUCAUCUGAUGUCUGUUAAAUAAUAGCAUUCAGAGAAAAGGCUGAUGACUGUAUGAUACUGAUGAAGGGACGAAAUUUUUGAGGGUAUGCAAAUAUUAACUUUUUGUAGCAUCAGGACCCUCAAAUACACAGACUAUUAAAAAAUAUAUGACAGACAUAUUUAGAAAUUUUUUAUAGAUUUACAUUUCAAUGUUUUUAACAGUAUAUGUAUUUUGAGAUAGGGAGCCAAAAACCUUUCCAUAUCCAAAGUUAUUUCUGCGUCCCGAUUAUUCUUGGGACUACCCAUGAACUACUAAGUACUAACUUACUUAGUACUUCUUACAUAGUGGCCAGUACUUAAUUAUUUAUAUGGUUUAUUUAUAAUUUACUUCUAGAUUUUCUAUAGACUGUUAGGGCAACUAAGUGAAAACAUAAAUUUCGGGGCUCCUUAUUUCCAAAAUUUUGAGCCAUAAAUGUAUUUAUUUUAAAUCAUGUUUUUGUCAGAAUGUAGAGGAAAUGAUUACAUUUGAAUGUGAUUUUAUUGAGAAUAGUAUCCAUAGAAUCAAUUUAUGCCACAGUGAAACAAAAUCCUAGGAUGAUAGGUGUAAUGCGAUAUCAUUGGGAAUAUUGGUAUUUAUACCAAGUAAUAGUUAUUAUGGUCUCAUCUGACACUUCCCCUCAAGAGACUGCACUCUGAGAACAAUUGCCACCACACUAUUAUUGGUGACAAUAUAAAUGUUGAAUAUUGGUAAAUUUGACUAAGAACCCUACCUCACUUAGGCGCCAUGGCGCCGUCUCCGGUUGCGUAUCCAAAUAAUUCAUAUUAAAAUUAAGGGCAGUUAACUCAUUUGGCGACUAUUUGACCAUGUCGCCAAUUUAUUUAUUUAUUUAUAUAUUUAGAAACAAACAGUCACAUACAUAUUCAGGUUUACAAAGAAAUGUUAGUACUGAAUUAGACCUACAGUUUCCUUAAAAUUAAUAUUUUAUGACAAUUAAGACUAAAGUACAGCAGAGAAAUAUAAGUAAUACAAAAUAAAAAUAAAAAGAGGCACUAGUAAAAAAAAAUGUUAGUAACAAACUAAGAUUUACUAAAUUACUUACUUACUUAUUUACUAAAUUAUAAAAAAAAAAAAAAAAUUGUGGUUAAACAGUUAUAAUCGUUCAAAUCUCACUUUUUCUUAGCACAGUUAGUAUAUUCUUUUUAAAACUGGACAAGGUUUCUUUAAAAAUAUCUAAGUCAGCAAGUUUUCCAUUAAGAAGUCGACAGGUCCGCCUUAUAUAACUAUUUCCAGCAUAGCAUGUCCUACUUUUUUUAGCUACGAACAAGGGUUUACUUCGACAAGUACGUAUAUUUCUUUUGGGGACUUGAAAACUAAGGGCCUGUAGUAAUAAAGGAGCAUCAAUGUGGUUAUUUACGAUUUUAUAAAGUAGCAUUGCAUCAAAAGAGUUUCGGCGAUCACUUAAUUUGACAACAUUGUGAAUAUAACAUGAUUCAGCUUCAAUUCAAUAAAUUCAAAUAGAAUAAAUUCAAUUUAGAAGCUAGCCACAUCUGUCAGCGCGCUGUGUGUAGUUAGGAAUCUUGCCGAGCUGGCGACGUCGCCAGUAAUAAGUACACGAGGAAGCUGCGUCACUCACUUAGUGUGCAACCGGCCGCCAAGAUGGACGUCAAUUCCCAAUAAGAGAUCUCAGAAAACUACAUAGGGUAGACAUGGCUACUACUGGCUACUCGAUUUGGCAACCAAGGGUAGUCAUUACUACAUAGCCGGCGAAGUCGCCAUGGCGUCUCGGUGAGGGAGGGCUCUAAUUGUGUAUUACUGACUGACUGCAUACACUUGUUUGAAUUAUGAACUCAUAUACUUAUUACGGAUUAUUAUCUACUGUUGAUGACGUGUUUUAAAUAAGUUUUCCUGGUUUCAUGUAGCUCCUAUAGAUAUUCAUGUAAAAGAUUAAGUUUAGUUUAUUAUUUUAAGAAUAUAUUUUAAUGAAUGAGAAAUGUGAUAGUAAAUUUUAAUGUAUUAGUAUGCAUAAAUAAUAAAUAUUGUGAUUAUUA